ACUGCAGCUGGGUUUUUUCUGAAUGUGUUCGACCAUCAAUACUGCUCUUUCAUAUGGUUUCAGUUGUGUGGGACCGGUAAAUUCCAGAAGACUUCAUGGGGGAGUGUCAAUGUCAACCACUUACAGAAUCAAUGCGAGUGGCAGGUUCCGACCUAAUUACCCUUCCCACCCAUCAGAGAUGGACUUGGCCUGGCAGGAACUAAUGUCCAUCACAGAACUGCAGGAUUUUGAGGUUCCCAAUGAAAAUCCAUAUGAAGUUCCUCCUCAUCUUUCUGUGGAUCCCAUGGUGCAUUACGGAAGUUUUGGGAUGGCACUGGUGGAGCCUAACCCACCCACCUGUCAGACAAGUGCUGCUGCUGCUUUUGAAGGUGGCUAUGCUAAUGUGAUUCCCCCUUACCAACGGCUGAACCCACACAUGGAAAUGCACUAUGGACAGUGCGAGGGUCAGGCCACAUCUCGAUUACCACCGGUACAACCAUCACUUAUAAACCUAUUGGAUCCUGUAAGCAUGGCGAGCACUGUUCAGGGACCUGGACGGGAAUGUGGUGGCCACCCAGCAGAUGAACUUGAGUCAGACUCUGGUCUGUCCUUGGGAUCAAGCCCUUCACUUGCCUCCCCAGAGAUCGCAGUACACGGGGCAGCCACAUUUAUGCCCCAGGAUAGCAGCCUUGGCUAUGCUGUAGGUGCCCUAGAGUGCACUGCGGACCAGUGUCACAUGAGACCAAACAUAACCAGUUCUGUGGAUUAUGCACACAAUUUCAGCUCCUACUCUGCACAUUCCUACUUGUCAGUAACACCAAAUCAACAUGUUGGGUCUGAGGCAUCCAUACAAUCUUUAUCUGCCAUGAAACAGCAGAUGCUACCAGCAGUCCUGCAAGACUUGCAUCCAAAUGGCUUGAGCACUGCAGGAGCAAUAUCAUUUCAGCCAAACCACCUCAAAUCAAGAGGGGGUAAUCCCUCGGGUCCACUCACAAGGGAUGAACGGAGGGCAUUCUCACUUCAAAUACCUUUCCCGUUGGAAACAAUUGUCAAUCUGCCUGUGGAUGACUUCAACGAGCUGCUGACACGUCAUGCACUGAGUGAUGCACAGCUCACACUCGUGCGAGACAUUCGACGUCGUGGCAAAAACAAGGUGGCGGCACAGAACUGUCGAAAGCGGAAGCUGGAGAACAUCGUACACCUAGAGCAUGAACUUGGCCAGCUAAAGGCACACAGGGAACAUCUGGCACGAGAGAGGCAAGACUUUCAGCAAAGUCUUGCUAUGCUUAAGUGCCGACUUUCAGAGCUUUACGGCAAAGUAUUUUCACAGUUACGGGAUGAGGACGGACACCCAUAUUCUCUGGAGGACUAUUCACUUCAACAGACUAAUGAUGGCAAUGUUUACCUUGUUCAACGGAAUGCCUCACAGGAGGGGGAAUAA